AGCCGCGGCGGCGCCCCCGGGCAUCGCCCCGGCCGGGCCCGGCACGUCGGGGCGGAGGCGCGACCCUCUCGCGGCGACGGCAGCGCCGAGCGGAGCCGAGGCACAGCCCCGCCACAGCCCCGCCGGCCCGACCCACCGCCCUAUAAAAACCGCCUCCAGAAAAGAGGAGAAACUCCGAGGGAGGAGAACACCUCGGCGCGGUGCUGCUCGCUGAGGUACCGGCAUGACAUCCGUCCUGGGCAGCGGCAGGGCGUCGGGAGGACCGAGCGGGCAGCUGAGAUGCAAGUCCAAGAGAAGGAGGAGGAGGAGAUCAAAGAGGAAAGAAAAACUAAGCAUACUGUCAACCUUCAUAGCACCCUUCAAGUACCUGAGUCCUGGCCCAACCACCAUGGAGGAUGAAGACAAUUUGAGUACCAGCAGUGCAGAAGUAAAGGAAAAUCGAAACAUUGGCAACCUGGAGGAUCAUCCAGUAGCCUCUACUGAGAGGGCAAGAGGGGGAACACCUAGCAGUAAGAGAAAAAGACCCUUAGAGGAAGGCAAUAAUGGCCAUUUCUGCAAACUCCAGCUCAUCUGGAAGAAAGUUUCAUGGUCAGUGACGCCAAAGAAUGCUCUGGUUCAGCUACACGAACUUAAACCAGGAUUACAAUAUAAAAUGGUUUCCCAGACUGGUCCAGUGCAUGCUCCCGUCUUUGCUGUUGCUGUGGAAGUAAAUGGACUUACCUUUGAAGGCACGGGGCCCACAAAAAAGAAAGCCAAAAUGCGUGCUGCGGAGCUAGCCCUGAAGUCAUUCGUUCAGUUCCCCAACGCCUGCCAAGCCCACUUCGCCAUGGGAAACUGCAUCAACCCAUCCACGGACUUUACUUCUGAUCAGGCAGAUUUUCCAGACACUCUGUUCAAGGAGUUUGAACCAUCUACACACAGUGAGGACUUCUCAGUCUACAACCCCGUUAACAACGAGUUGCUCUCCACCGCUUACCGACAUGGGCGCUUGCUCUGCCACACGCUGGACUUAAUGGGCCACGGGAAGCAGAGCAAGCACAGGGUGGCAUCCAAAGCCGAGAGUGAGAAGAAUCCUGUGGUGCUGCUGAAUGAGCUGCGGUCGGGCCUACGGUAUGUCUGCCUGUCAGAGACGGUGGAGAAGCAGCACAUCAAGAGCUUUGUGAUGGCCGUGCGAGUGGACGGGAGAACGUUUGAGGGCUCAGGACGUAGCAAGAAGCUGGCCAAGGGUCAAGCAGCACAGGCAGCCCUGCAGGCCCUCUUUAACAUUCGGCUGCCCAGCCACAUUCCCAGCAGGAGUAAAUGUCACCAUUUGCCACAGGAUUUUGCUGACUCCGUAUACCAAAUGGUUGCACAGAAGUUCCAGGAACUGACAGACAAUUUCACUUCCAUGCAUGCACGCCACAAAACUCUUGCAGGCAUUGUGAUGACCAAAGGUUUGGACAUCAGGCAAGCUCAGGUUAUUGUGCUGUCAUCGGGUACCAAAUGUAUAAAUGGGGAAUACAUUAACGACCAAGGGCUUGCGGUCAAUGACUGCCAUGCAGAAAUUUUGGCAAGAAGGGCAUUUGUUCACUUCCUCUACUCACAGCUGGAGCUGCACUUAAGCAAACGGCGAGAAGACUGGGAGCGAUCAAUCUUCGUGCGAUUAAAAGAAGGAGGCUACAGGCUGCGGGAGAACAUCCUGUUCCAUCUGUACGUGAGCACUUCACCCUGCGGAGAUGCGCGCCUCAACUCCCCCUACGAAAUCACAACCGACUUGAACAGCAGCAAGCACAUAGUGAGAAAAUACCGUGGGCACCUCCGAACAAAGAUCGAGUCUGGGGAAGGAACCAUACCUGUGCGGUGUCACAACGCAGCUCAGACGUGGGACGGGGUGUUGCUGGGAGAGCAGCUCAUCACCAUGUCCUGUACAGACAAAAUCGCCAGAUGGAACAUCCUUGGGCUCCAAGGUGCUCUCCUCAGCUCCUUCAUCGAACCCAUGUACUUGCACAGCAUCAUUGUGGGAAGCCUCUAUCACACUGGUCACCUUUCCCGGGUAAUGAGCCAUAGGAUAGAAGACAUUGGUCAGCUGCCAGCUUCGUACCGGCGCAAUCAGCUGCUUCUCAGUGGGAUUAGCCAUGCUGACGCCCGGCAGCCCGGAAAAUCUCCCAGCUUCAGCGUGAACUGGAUUGUGGGGAACACCGACCUGGAGGUUAUCAAUGCCACGACAGGGAAGAGGACCUGUGGGAGUCCCUCACGGCUCUGCAAGCACAUGUUCUUCACUCGCUGGGCAAAGCUUCAUGGCAAGCUGAGCACACGAGUACUAAGCCAUGGAGACAUGCCAUCAGUGUACAGCGAGGCAAAGCUGGUGGCUCAGACGUACCAGUCUGUUAAGCAGCAGCUGUUUAAAGCAUUUCAGAAAGCCGGUCUGGGCACCUGGGUGAAGAAACCCCCAGAGCAAGAUCAGUUCCUACUAACUGUGUAAACCACUCGGCAUCUUUGCUACACGACUGAAUCAAAUCAGCUGGAGAGAAGGCGAGGCAGGACGCAUGAGCAGAGAGAAUUGAAGCAGUCUGAGAUUUAAUAGCAACCUCCAUUGGAAUAUUUGCUUUUAAUUCUGUAUUGGAAAUACAUAAGUAGAAAGGUGUCUGAUGCACUGAACUCAACCUUAGAAAACUGAUUUUUCAUGAUCCCUUCCCAAGAACGUACCUGCCCAAAUUACAAUGCCAUCCCCACCAAGAUUCCGCUUUUCAUUGUUUAUUGGUUAUUACUGAUUUGAGGUGUUAGUGGAUCUGAUCAAAAACAGAGUUUGUUUUCCCUCACACAAUCAGUGCAAGAGUCAUCAGUGAAUAAUGGAAAAUAAUGAGCAGAGAUGGAAGUACCCCGGGCACACAGCAUGGCAGCAGCUCUCAGAGCACCCAAUAAUCAUUCACAAUAAAAGGUGUUUAACCUCUAUGCAAAAAUCUUUCUGUUAGCUGCCUAAAUCUGUGAUAAAGAAUUUGGACCUCAAAGAUAAUGAGCACUUUUAAAUUCCAUUUUCCACUGCUGGCUCUGAGCACAAAGCCAGGCGUCAGGAUGCCCUUGGUUUUUACACAUAUUCCCUCUGACGCCUUGGACAACCACUUCCCACCAAAUCUUCAACUCUGGUCACAAGCCUCUGCAUGCUGCAAAUUUUACUUUUCCAGGCUCAGUUCAUCACACAUGCCCUUUAGACACCAGCCAGGAUGCAGAUCCUUGUCAAGAGGGCAAUUCAACCCUGCGCUGCCUGAA